CAAGGUUUGGUGUAAACAUUUUGUGAAUCCAAAGACGAGAAGAAAACAUGAAGGUCUCAUUUUUCUUCAUUGCUGCAUUGCUUAUUCUAUCAUGUGCAUCAUCAAUGGUAAUGGGAGUUAACUAUCACGAGGACCAUUGCCACGACUAUAGAGAUUGUGAAGUAUGGUGCAAACAAUAUGUUCCUGAACCGAAAUGUAUUAACCACAUCUGCAAUUGUAAACCUCCUCAUGCGACCGACGAAGACCUCCCCGCUUCGGUUAAUUCUUCCAAUUUGGAUAAUUGAAUAUGAUUCUGAUUCUCUAUAUCUGUCCAUCAAAAAACAUUUCUUUUGUUUUCUUCUCUUGUUUUACUUCAAGAUGUUGAAAUAUUAAUAAUGUAAGAACUUUAUAUUGUUAUAUAGAAUCGGUCUCUUGAAAUUGAAAUCAUUAAAA